AUGAACGCAAUUAUUCCAAAUCUGCCGCAGAUCCCAUGGCACACCCUAGGCUCAGAUAUGUUUGAGCUAAACGGCCAAGAUUACCUAGUCAUCGCAGACUACUACUCAAAGUUCAUAUUGGUCGAACAUAUGACCACCACAACCAGCAGAGCCAUCACGAAUUGCGCACCAAUUUUUUUCGCACUGUUUGGAGCCCCAAACACGAUAAUAUCCGACAAUGGCCCGCAGUACAUUGGAUCAGACUUCCAACAGCUAAUGGCUGAGCUGGGUAUCGUUCACAUUACCAGCUCACCCCAUCACGCGAAAUCUCACGGUUAUAUCGAGAGCGCAGUGAAAACAGCACAGCUUCUCAUCAAAAAAUCGUCUAAAGACACGAGCACCGCCCUGCUGAUGCAUCGUACAACGCCACUGGGACCACAGCAGAAGUCACAGGCAGAGUUGCUAUUUAAUCGUAAAGUAGCCACCAAUCUGCCGAUCCACACAAAAGGAAACAGCAAUGUCUAUCAUCAAGCAUGCCAGGCAGCUCUCCAGAAGAAAUUAGAGGACCUAUACAACCGCAGCGCCAAGACUCUGCCAGAACUUCAAUCCGGUCAACACAUCUUUUAUCAAGAUGUGGCCAAACGUACAUGGUCCCCAGGGGAAAUCAUUGGUUACAGUCCGGAACCUAGAUCGUACACCAUUGAAUGCCUCACCUCAGGAAGACGAUUGAGGAGGAACCGUGUCCUGUUACGCCCUCGACAGGUCACAUUCAACAUUCCAGCCUCAUCUAGCAGCGACGCCAGCCGUAGCUGUCCCGUGGCUAUGCCAAAAAGCCAUGAGAACACUAGCCUCACCUGCACUUGGCCAAAUCAGCCGACCAGGUGUACCCCAGCCACGCCAUCAGCACCAAACCUGCCCAUCGUGGACAAAACACCAGCAGCACACGCGACAACAUCAUCAGCACAUGUGACAACACCAGCAGCACGCGUCGAAGGAUCAUCUACCACACCGAACGUCAAACCAUCGUCUACUCCAGUAAACGUUGAACCGCCGUCGAAUCGCCGAUCCGAACGAACACGGAUUCCAUCACACCGCUACGACGCUAAGGACUAUGUUACAUAA